AUGUCAAUAUCAGAUACGUUACACAGUGAAGGCUCACAAGCAUCAUCCAAAUCCUUAACUCAGCAAUUAGACGAUAUAGCCAAUGAAGCUUCGUUUUACACGCCUCUUGAAACACCAACUGAACAGAGAUCAACUUAUUCACAAGAUGAGAGCUUAACAUAUAGUCCUUUUAAUACAGUAAAUAGUACUGGAGAUACAACUGCUCAAUGUAUACCUGGUGUUUUUAGAAAGUUUGUGCCUGGUAAGACUAGCCGUGCUGACGCCGGAGAAACACUGCCAUUAUUACCGAUAUCAAGAAGAGAUUGUUUGCCAUACAAUUACAAUGACAAUGACAGUGGCACUGAUAACAGAUCAGGUACUCCACCACCACCUCAAACUCCUCCAGGUAAUAUUCUUAUACCUGUUCUUCAAUACAUUUGGAUCAAUAUAUUUCCAGAAUCAGUUCGACAAUUUUUGAUAGCUCAUAGAAUAUGGGUAUUUCUUGGUGGCUCAUUAAUAUUAAUUAUGGUAGCCCUUGCACUUUACUUUACAGGUAAUUUAACCAUACUUGUGGUAUAUCUUAGAAUGAUUAUUUGCUACAUAUUUGGUGGGGUAAGUAGUAUCCCUAACUUUUGCAAGCCAUAG